AUCAACCCAACUUCUGAUACCCGUUUGAACAAGAAGGAAGAAGAUAGGGCCUUGAAGCAGAGAAAAGCAACCAAGGUAGAUGGCAUGCUCAUUUUGUGUUGGUACUUAAAGAGGUAGCUGUGGUGUGUCGAAUGCACUGGACGUAGCUUAUCUGUUUGUUGAAAUUUGGAGCCAGGAUGGCUGCUUUUCUUGCAGUGAAGAGAUGCCCCACAAUUGUUUCCAAUUCGAUUGAGAAAGUUUCAGAACCUGUUAACAAGUAUGAACAGCAAUCCAGAUGUCAGCUAGUGCUACCCUCCCAACGAACACCUUCUCGUCGGCAACUUGUUUUAGCAUGUGGUAGUGUUUCAUUAGUUACCAUUGUGAACCUCAACUGUAGCUUAACGCCAUUACCAGCUUGGGCAGGAGAUGAGUCAGAUAGCCAAGAGGACAAGGAUGAGGGCGUCGUUGGGGCCGUAAAAUCGUUAUUUGACCCUGACGAGAAAACAAAGUCUGGGAAAGUGUUGCCAAAGGCUUACUUGAAGUCAGCUAGAGAGGUGGUGAAGACACUGCGUGAAUCAUUAAAUGAAGACCCCAAGGACAUUGCUAAAUUUAGACGGACUGCAGAAGCAGCAAAGGAGUCAAUCCGAGAGUACUUGAGUGGUUGGAAGGGGCAACUAAAAGUAGUCAAUGAGGAAUCUUACGUUGAGAUUGAGAAAGCAAUCAGAUCCCUUGCCAGCUUCUACUCAAAUGCAGGUCCAUCUGCGCCGCUUCCAGAGGGGGUCAAAUCCCAAAUUAUUAACAGUUUAGACGCAGCCGAGGAAUUUUUGUAACAAGAAUUGUGCCAUUAUAUCAUGUCAACUACAUCAAGUGUCCAACCAGCACACUUGCAGAUGGAAAUUCAGCCUCAAUCUUUUGCUGUAUCCAUUUUUCUUUGGUUAAUUAAGUCUCGGAAUAUUUUUGUAUUGAUACAGUUUUUUGAUGUAAUUCAAUACGUGCAACUAGAUUUGUCAUUUA